AUGGCAGAAGCUCCUAUGCCACCUUCUUCUCCAAAACAAUCAAACUUACCCACUUUGUAUUGUGCUCUUAUCAUUGUCGGAAUAGCAGUUGUCUUGCUUAGCCUGUACAAUCUCCUUAUCGUUCGAUGGUGCAAUGAAAACCACACAAAUGAUCAGUCUCUUGAACAAAACUCUAGCCAAGUUUCUCAUGAUAAUCUUAACGUGAACUUAGAGUCCAGUUUCAGGUGCAAGAAAGGAAGAGUUGAAGUUGGAGGAAAUCAUCAUGAGAAGAAUAAUGAUGAUAUUGAGUGUGCUGUGUGUUUAUCAGAUAUUGAAGAAGGGGAAGAAGUGAAGCAACUUCCAAGAUGCAACCACUCUUUUCAUGCUUCUUGUAUCGAUAUGUGGCUUUAUUCUCACUUGGAUUGCCCUAUGUGUCGUUCUCCGGUGGAGCAGCCGGUGCUUCACCGGAAUAGUUUCACAGGACAAGAAGAGAGUUCUAGAGAAGGAAUUGUAGUUCAAGCAAUUCAGUUUAGUGUUUCUGAUUAG